CUCUCUCUCUCUCAAACUUGCAGUCUUCUUGUCUUCUUCAUCCUCUUUACAUGUCUCUCUCUUUAUCUAUCAAUCUAUCAAUGGCUUCGACCAUUUUUACAUCGAACCCAUCUUUGCUUUUCCGUUACACACGCCUGAGAAGACCUCAACAGUGUCCUCUUGAGCAGUUGAAGGUAACCCAAAGGAAUGUCUGGUUGAGGAGAUGGUCUGUUGAAGCGGCUUCUAUGGUUGCACCGGUAGUCAAGACCAAGGCCAAAGCUGGUUCUCGUUUGGCUCGUGUUUGGAGAGAGAUUCAAGGUGUGGAUGAUUGGGAGGACUUUGUUGAGCCGAUGAAUACUCUUCUUCAAGACGAGAUCAUGCGUUAUGCAGUGUUUGUAAUGGUAUGCUACAUGGCUUGUGAUCUUGAACCGACCUCUAAGCGGUUCUUGAAUUGCAAGUAUGGGAAGAAGAACAUGUUGAGAGAAGUAGGAAUGGAUGGCUGUGGCUAUGAAGUCACCAAGUACAUCUACAUGACACCCGAUAGCAGUAUUACUACCCAAUUUGGGACUUGCCCUGGCCGUUGGAUUGGAUACGUUGCAGUGUCUUCUGAUGAUGAAGUGAAGAGAUUGCGACGGAGAGACAUCAUCGUAAUAUUCCAUGGAAUGGUUACAAACACAGAAUGGACCGCAAAUCUCAUCAGUUCGUUGAUUCCCGCACGGCUGGACCCUCACAAUCCACGCCCGGAUGUUAAGGUGGAGUCAAGCUACAUGAAUUUGUAUACGUCAGAUGAUAGUGUAUGCAAGUUCAGCCAUGGGAGCUGUCGAGAACAGCUACUCUCAGAGCUGUCACGAAUUAUCAAAGAGUAUAGGGAUGAGGAGCUGAGCAUCACCAUUUCUGGACAUAGCAUGGGCGGCUCUCUAGCAUGGCUUCUUGCAUAUGAUAUUGCAGAACUUGGCCUGAACAGAGAUGGAUUAAACCAUGAAGUACCCAUUACUGUCUGCUUGUUCGAUAGUCCAAGCAUUGGAAAUUCAAGCUUCAAGGAGAGGUGUGAAGAGCUGGGUGUGAAUGUUCUGAGGAUUGUAAAUGGGAACAAACUCAUCAUAGAGCAUGGUUUUUAGGAUCGGAGGCUUGGAUCGACUCGAAUGGAGUCGUGACUUGUCUGACUCUCCUGAUUUUUUGAAUACUAAUUUGAAAUAUCAAACAGUCUGAGUAUAAUAUGGUUCAUCAAGUAUUUAGGGUGCGUUUGGCAGUACCAUUGAAUUAAUGAAUUGAAACUAUUAGUAUGCUAGCCGCUUAAGUGGAAAUAUUCAUACUGUAAUUUCCUUUAGGAUUUGUAUCCGGGGCCUGGGUCUGAAUUGCA